AGGGCUGGUCGCCAAGUCUGUCAAUUGGGUAAAAGCUGCGCAGUGUUAGUAGCUUCAGUUCAGCCGCAACUCCGAGUCUAGUUGGAGUACCAUCCCUUGUCCCAGCCAACCAUGGCCGGCCCGUUACGCGCCCCGCUGCUCCUGAUGGCGGUCCUGGCCUUGGCCUCGGCCGCGACCCCCAAGCAAAGUCCGCGCCUGUUGGGAGGCCUGCAGGAGGCCAAUGUCAACGAAGAGGGCGUGCAGCGAGCGGUGGACUUCGCCAUCAGCGAGUACAACAAGGGCAGCAACGAUGCGUACCACAGCCGCGCCAUGCAGGUGUUAAGAGCCCGUAAGCAGAUCGUGGCUGGAGUAAACUACUAUUUGGAUGUGAUGGUAGGCCGAACCACAUGCACCAAGUCCCAGCCAAACUUGGCAGAAUGUCCUUUCCACGACCAGCCCCAUCUGAUGAGGAAGACCCUCUGCUCCUUCCAGAUCUACACUGUGCCCUGGGAAGGCACACACUCCCUGACAAAAUCCAGCUGCAAGACUGCCUAAGGGUGAUGGAGACUGCUCCUUACUUGUACUCCCCUCCUUCCCCGUAGUGUCCCAUCCCUUGGGAGGGUGCUCUAGCUCUGGGGGACAUCUCUAGCGUGUCAGCUCCAGGCGACAGUAGAGCAGCUGCUGCAGACAGGUUCUGCACAUCUGAACAGCUGUCACCUGGUUCCACUCUUCUCCCUGCAGUACCUGUCAUGCCUUGCUCAAUUUAAAAAAGAAAUAAAUAAAAGAUUUCCUUUGGCUCCUUC